UUCGUCUGCAUUCUGCAACAACAACACGUGUUCUGCUCCAACUUUUUACAAUACAUCAAACUCGAAAGAUUCUUCUUUCGAACUUGUCCACUUCUCUUUCUAACCACAUAGCAGAAAACCCUUUGUGAAACCAGAGCACACUUCUUCAUAGGUCUAUAGUUUCAGGUUCAAAUUCUCAUGCCAUUCUCUCUUCACAUAGCCACCAUUCAUCCCCACCCCAUAUCAUGGAACCUUCUAGGCACACACCCCACAACCAAGGAGUCAAUACCCAGUAAUCAAAAUCUGUUUUUGAGGAGAGUCUUAGCUUGUUCUUCUCUCAGAACCUCUUUUAACUGUGAUUCUAAUGGAGGGGUUGAGAAAGGUUUACCACCCACUUCGCCAAUUCGCCUUCCCUUUGUUGUUAGGAGCCCCACUAAGGUCUCUAGGUUCUUCUGGAAUGGUGGCUGCUUGCAGUUGGUCAGUGUUGAUGGUAGUGCUGCGUCUUCUGAUGUGGAUUUUGAUGUUACGUUGUUCAGGGUAUGUGGUUCUGUUGUUAAGGACUUCUUCAUUCCAAGACAAGUCUCAGGGAAUUACAUGGAUUAUGUGAAGUGGAAGCUCUUGCAUCGUAUUUUCAGCUCAGCACUUCAAGUUCUUGCUACUCAGGCAAUGUUUACGGCCAUUGGAGUUGGAUACUCCCAUUCCCUUCCAUCAGCUGCUGCCCUUAAUUGGGUCUUGAAAGAUGGUCUCGGACGACUGAGCAGAUGUAUAUACACUGCUAGCUUAGCAUCUGCUUUUGAUACAAAUUUAAAGAGGGUCAGGUUCUCUACAUCUGUUCUUUUUGUCGCAAGCAUUGGACUUGAGUUACUUACUCCUGCAUUUCCUGGGUGCUUCUUGUUGCUUGCAACUAUUGCCAAUAUUGCUAAACAAAUAAGCCUGGCAUGCUACUUAGCAACUCGGUCAGCUGUUCAUCAAAGUUUUGCAAUAGCAGACAACCUCGGUGAAAUUUCUGCUAAGGCACAGAUUCAAACAGUUUGCUUUGACAUCCUUGGUCUUAUGCUUGCUGCACUUGUUAAUCUGUGGACUGAGAACCAUAAAAGACAACAAGCAGGUCUCCGUUUCUUUGUUUAUCCCUUUUUUGCUGCUAUGGACCUUUUUGGGAUUUAUCAAGGACUAAAGCAUGUCCAUCUGCAAACCUUGACUAAGGAUAGGCUUGAAAUUAUUCUGAACACUUGGAUUGAGUGUGGAUAUGUGCCCUCCCCUGCAGAGGUUAGCGAGGUCGAAGGAAUUAACUUUCUGGGAAUCAAAGGUAAAAGCUUGUGGUCAAUUAGAAUAGGGUGCUUAAAUCCCAAGGACCAAAUCCCCAAAUGGUCAAUAAAGACAAUACAAUGUAUAACUGAUGAGGAUUAUUACUUUGUAUGCAUUGAGAUUGUCAAAGGAUUGAAAAAAACUGGACAGCAUCGGAUCCUUCUUUCCAUACGCGAAGGAGCCGAAGCAGUACAUAUAAUCAUAGGUUUGUUACAGGCUUGCUAUAUCAGAAGGGCUCUGCUUGUGAAAAGUAGUAAGUGGGAGAUUAAUAUAGAGGAAAGCAAUGCUUCAAACUCAACACUUGAUGAUUGGUCUCUUAUUGUUGAGGAUAGCAAGAUGUGUGCAGAAAGGGAUCUAUCUAAUUUGAUUGAACAAAUGCUAAAAAUGGGUUGGGUGGUGAAGAGCAUUUUAUUGUCAACACAAGAACAGGCUCGAUACAGUUUUGUGUGUGACUAAAGAUGGUUUUCAAAAUAUGGUGGGAUGGGAUCCUUAAUAAAAUUUGAUUGUUUGGGGGAUUAUCAUUCAUUUUAGUAUUGAACUAUAGGAUGUGUUUCAAAAGUAAUUAAUAGUUUAAGAUUUUUAUAAAACGUAAAAAAAGUUGUCAAUCAACAUUAUAGGACGUUGCCAUAUAGCAAUGCCCCCUCCCUUUCCUCUUUCCCCAUA